GGUUUGCUUAGGGCGUGGCAGCUUCGGAUAAAGGCAGGACUCCGCCUGGCAGCCCGAUUUCUCCCGGAACCUCUGCUCAGCCUGGUGAAGCACACAGGCCAGUGCUCUGACAUGCAGAAGGUGACCCUGGGCUUGCUUGUGUUCCUGGCAGGCUUGCCUGUCCUGGAUGCCAAUGACCCAGAAGAUAAAAACAGUCCUUUCUACUAUGACUGGCACAGCCUCCAGGUUGGCGGGCUCAUCUGCGCCGGGGUUCUGUGCGCCAUGGGCAUCAUCAUCGUCAUGAGUGGAAAAUGCAAAUGCAAGUUCGGCCAGAAGCCCAGUCACCGUCCAGGGGAGACUCCACCUCUCAUCACCCCAGGCUCAGCCCAAAACUGAUGAGGAUGGACCAGCUGAAAUUGGGUGGAGGACCAUUCUCUGUCCCCAGGUCCUGUCUCUGCACAGAAGCUUGAACUCCAGGACGGAAUUCUUCCUCCUCUGCUGGGACUCCUUUGCAUGGCAGGGCCUCAUCUCACCUCUCGCAGGAGGGUCUCUUUGUUCAAUUUUUUAUCUAAAGUGAUUGUGCCUCUG